AGAUUCACUCCUUAUCUCUGGCUACAAACCGCGUCUCCUCCAAUGCGUCACUUCCGUAUCCGACCCUCUGCCGGCGCUUGUGUGUUUUUUUUCCCCUGUGUCUGCAGCUGAUUGAAGGCUAGGCGGAUGUCCGGGCGCCGCGCUGCACUUAAGGCCAUAGACUGGGUCUCGUUUGCAGAGAGGGUACCGCCCAAUCAGAAGUCUCUGUUUAAUGCCCUGAAGACACGGAGCGAUGGCCUGGCUGCUAGGUUGGCCUCACUUCCCGAAAAACCCGCCACCAUCGACUGGAGCUACUACAGGAGGGCAGUGGCCAAGUCUGGCCUGGUGGACGAGUUUGAGAAGAAGUUUGCCGCCCUGAAGGUUCCGGAGCCCGUCGACACGCAGACGAGCAAGAUCGGCACCCAGGAGCAGGAGGCAAGCAAAAGUGCUGUAGCCUACAUCCAGGAGUCCAAAGCCCGCAUCGAUGUCUACGAGAAGGAGCUGGAGAAAUUUAAGAAUAUGAUCCCAUACGACCAGAUGACCAUAGAGGACCUCAACAGCGUCUUCCCUGAGACAAAGCUGGACAAAGUCAAGCAUCCGUACUGGCCACACAAGCCCAUCGCCGAGUUGUGAGCCGGGCGUUGCUGUGAGCCGGGUGUCGCUCGUACGCAGCCUCACACAGCUGCGCCUCUUCCUCCCUGUGGGAGCAGUCUGUGCUUCCUCUCUUCAUCAUAAUAAAAAAAAACUUCUGCGUUUA